AUGGAGAAUCGAAUCAUUUCGUCUCCUCACGCGCUGGACCAUUUCCGGCAGUCAUGCAAGCCUGUUCCCGAGGCUGCUUCCAGAUAUUCAUGCCCUGAUCCUCUUCUGGGCCUCCAGCUGCCCCAGAUCGGACCAGACCCGGCCUUGGAUGCGUUCCGGAAUGGUAAUAACAGUGCUACACUGGAGUUCGCAGACACGUCUUUUCCGUCCGUCAGUCUGGCUCGCUUCCACCGUGAACAGGAUGCGUGGAACUCAUUGCAAGUCACCGGAUUGCCUAGAAAUCUGAAGCCAUCCCCGGGACGCCAACUCCAUCAUGUGCCGAAGACGUCGACUGGAAUGGAUGAUUCGCAUGCAAGGUUCUCCCGUCAUGACCCGUCCGAGACCGACAGCCAGGUCACCCAUUCCGAUUCGGGAUAUGGGAGCAGGAGGGGCGACUCCGAGAUCAGUUCCUUGUAUCCGGUCGAACCCAUCUCGAGCCCAGGCACCAUUGUGUCUUCUUAUAAUUGUAACCGUUUCGACACGGGCUCUUCGGGUGAUAACCGCCCUGUUUACAAUGCGUCUUCUUUUGGUACUGCUGCAAUCAACUUCCAAAGUCGAUACCCGCAGGAGAUCAGGUGCAGUUAUCCAGACUGCUCGUGGACGGGCAAGUGUCCGUCAGACAAAAAAAAACACGAGGCAAGACAUACGAAGCAAUGGAUUUGUGAUGAACCAAACUGCACUCGCAAGGAGGGUUUCGGGACAAUCAACGACCUGGAACGGCACAAAAAAUGCGUGCACGGGAAGAUUCCCGGCCGAGGACCCAAGAAGAUGUACAUGUGCUUUGGCAGGAACUGCCGGCGGAGUUCGAAAAAGUGGCCCCGUUAUGACAAUUUCCGCCAGCACCUCCGCCGUGCGCAUCCAACGGAGAGUGAAGAGGAGCUGCUGAAAAGAUCGGAUGAAUGGUAUUAUUCCUGGAAGCAGACGAUUGAAACGGCGAAUUCGCUGGUGGAUCUGUCGAUCUUGUCACCACCUAGGCAAGCAACGCCUCUGCCGCAGAUUUGUGACAGACCCCGUGGCCCUGAAGAGGCUGGUAGCCGAAGUACUUGUGAUUCGCAGCCUGCAGACGAACACAUCGCGCCAAGUCAGACUGUGACGAGUUACGACGACAUCUACUCUCCGCCGUCGGAGGAGCUCACGUUGAGCCCAAUCAAGAACAUAGAUAUAUUCGAAGACCAGAGUCGUAGUGGCUGUGGAGAUGUAGCAGAUGCCGGGGCUGCUCCAGAAGAGGGUUCUGUCUCCCCUCCGAGAAUCCGUCAGCAGCCGGUCGAACUGCCGGGGUUGAAGUCCCUCAAUCUGCCUCAUACACUUGAUCAGGAACCUUCGACGGUCACAGCCCAGCAGCGACAGGCACAACCAAUUUCCAGCUCGGAUGGGCCGGUAGCCAAGGUUGCGAUGGACAUGUUAAACGCCUUGGCUCGGAAUCUGAACAAGACGUCGAAGAGGCAGGCGGAGCAAGGCAAGGAGGAUAAUCAUUUCAGUAAAACACCCGUACAAACUGCUACUGGUACUACUGCUGGUGCUGCACCUCAGACAAGCACAAGCACCGAUAGCUUAUCUGACAGUCAGAAAAAGUUCCUGUCAACCGUGCUGUCAGCUGCCUUGGAGCAAUUGGGAGGACAAACACCUGGUCAGGCUGAUAAUACAGCAACGAACCAGGCGGCCAGUGACGAGUCGGACUCGAAGCAGGAAGGUUACCAGUGUGAUGUGUGUCACAAGUGGAAACGGCUGAAAUGCGAACUAAAGAAACACAAGACACGGCACGAGAGACCAUUCGGCUGCACCUUUAACAUGUGCUAUAAGACUUUUGGCAGCAAAGCCGACUGGAAGCGACACGAGAACUCGCAGCAUUUCCACCUGCAAAGCUGGCGCUGUUCCCUGCCCAGUAAGAAGUAUGCAGGCGUAGAAUGCGCGAGCUUGUACUACCGACAGGAGCUGUUUAUCAGACAUCUAACCGACCAUCACGGAGUAAAAGAAGGCGACGCUAUGAUGGAUUUUCUGACGAAGAACCGGAUCGGCCGCAACGGCCAGAACCAGUUCUGGUGCGGGUUCUGCAGGAAGAUUCUCCCGCUGACGAGCAAGGGCCUGGACGCCUGGAACGAGCGAUUCGAUCAUAUCGACAUGGAGCAUUUUAAGCGGGGGCAACGAAUUGACGAUUGGCUGCCCGCGGAAGGCCACCUCACGAAGAAGGAGAUUCGCGAGGAGGAGAGGAAGAAACGAGAAGCUGAAAAACAUACGGCAACAUCUGAAGCUACGCCUACGGCGGAGUCGGUCGAGGGUAGUGACGGCGAGAGCGAGGGCGGCGAUUCACCAGAAGUCAGCCUUGCCAGUCAUCAAGACGGUGCUGCCCAGAGAGGCCCUGUAUCUGCCGUGGAGGCAGGGAACGAUUCCGCUAAUCCGAGAAAGAGGAAAUUCUCCUCAGAUCCGCUAUCACCAGAGGAUUGGCAUGGAAUUUCAAACAAGUCUGCUGGUGCAGAAACAGACCAGCAGCAACAAUCAGGAGAGAGGGAAAUGGUCAAAAGACGGAAAUUGGAGCCGCCAUCCCUGAAUGAGCAUCCAUCUGAUGACGAUGAUCAUGAUCGUGAUCAUAGUCAUAGUCAUCAAUCAAGGACAACCUCCCAUUCAACCGACGGACGACAGACAGCAGCAAUGGCAAAUAAUCGCAUGCGAAGCCUAGAAAAAAACUUUCAACCGCGAGUGUAUUGUUGCAACUGCAACCGCGGCCCCUGGAAUCUUGUCUUAAUGACAAGCUGUCUGGAAUGCGAGCAUGCGUUCUGCCAGUAUUGCAUCUUUGAGCCGUUGGUGGGGUUUUAA